GGUGCCUUAGCGGUGGAAGUUCGUGCCAACGACCAGGAGGUACUGAGCAUGGUCUCUGCCCUGCAUGACGCGGACACCGUGCUGCGCUGCAUCGCCGAGAGAGCCUUCAUGAAACGCUUGGAGGGCGGAUGUAGCGUCCCCGUCGCCGUCAGCACGACGCUGAAGGAUGGCCAGCUGUAUUUGACAGGAGCCGUGUACAGUUUGGACGGAUCCGAUAGCCUGAAGGAGACUAUGCAGACCAGCGUCAGUUAUCCCCACCAGAACGAAGACGGACCAAACGACGACCUGCAGCGUGUUGGCAUCACAGCCAGGAACGUCCCUGGCCGGGCCCAGGAAGCUGCGGAGAGCCUUGGCGUUGAGCUGGCCAAUCUGCUGCUGAGCAAGGGAGCGAGGCACAUCCUCAGCGUGGCACGGCAGCUCAACGACGCCCACUAA